GCAGAUGGCGCAGUAAAUAAAGAUUUAGCAGGCCCAAAUGUGGAAGCUAGAUUAAGUCCCAACCAUAGACCCAACAGUCAGACUCAAUGUGGGACACCACUGUGGUAACGGUGUAGUUAAGUUAGAGUGACAGUUGCGUUAAAUCAGGUUAAGGUGCGUCAGAGAGCAGAACCGCAAGAGACGACACACCAAAUCCUCCAAACCUGACGCAAGGUUACUGCUUCACGCUAGCUACAUAGCGAGCUGCAAUGCUGUCCAUCACAGCCACAGUCAUCAGGAGCACCCCUGUCGUCCAGCGUCUGAGGCUUCUACAUUCUUCUCCUAUCGUCAAAAUGCCAAUUCAGGUUGGUGAGCAUCUCCCUGCAGUGGAGGUCCAGGAGGGGGAGCCAGGAAACAAGGUGGCUAUGGAUCAACUCUUCAAGGGGAAGAAGGGAGUCCUCUUCGCUGUACCUGGAGCUUUUACUCCUGGUUGCUCCAAGACUCACCUCCCAGGUUUUGUGCAGCAGGCUGAAGACUUGAAGAGUAAAGGUAUACAAGAGGUCGCUUGCAUCUCUGUCAAUGAUGCAUUUGUCAUGGCUGCCUGGGGGAAGGAGCAUGGAACAGACGGAAAGGUCAGAAUGCUGGCUGAUCCUACUGGAGCUUUUACAAAGGCAGUUGACCUGUUACUUGACAGUGAUCAAAUUGUGCAGGUACUUGGGAACAAGCGAUCCAAGAGAUAUGCUAUGUUGGUGGAAGAUGGAAUUGUGAAGAAGAUCAAUGUGGAGCCUGAUGGCACCGGGCUGACCUGCAGCUUGGCUUCCAAUGUUCUGUCUGAUCUGUAGGCUUAUUUAGAGCUUAUUAAACCACACUGCAAAUGCUGAGUUACUGUAAAAGAUGCACUAACAAAACCCAGUACCUUCCUGUUCUUCCUUUUCCCAAAGACGGGUGCAAAUGUCACAUGUCAAAAACAGAGCCGGAAGGUAAAUAAUGCGCACAAUUUUGACAUGAAUGGCAACCCAAAGGAACUUCAUCAUCCACUGUUGCUGGUUAGUAAAUAAAAUUCACGCUGAAAGCAAUAA